AAUAGUAUUUUAAUCAGGCACAUGAGAACUCACACAGGUAUCAAACCAUUUGCUUGUAAGUUAUGCGAUUACAAAUGUACAGUAAAAGUAGUUUAGUGCAGCACAUGAGAACUCACACAGGUAUUAAACCAUUUGCUUGUAUGUUAUGUGAUUACAAAUGUGCAACAAAUAGUAAUUUAGUAAACCACAUGAGAACUCACACAGGUAUUAAACCAUUUGCUUGUAAGUUAUGCAAUUAUAAAUGUACAUUAAGUAGUAGUUUAGUAAGGCAUAUGAGAAUUCACAGUGGCGAGAAACCAUUUGCUUGUAAGUUAUGCAAUUAUAAAUGUACAGUAAGUAGUAGUUUAGUAAAACAUAUGAGACUUCACAGUGGCGAGAAACCAUUUCCUUGUAAGUUAUGCGAUUACAAAUGUACAGUAAAUAGUAGAUUAUUGGAGCACAUGAGAACUCACACAGGUAUCAAACCAUUUGCUUGUAAGUUAUGCGAUUAUAAAUGUACAGUAAGCAGUAGUUUAGUAAAACAUAUGAGACUUCACAGUGGCGAGAAACCAUUUGCUUGUAAGUUAUGCGAUUAUAAAUGUACUGUAAGCAGUAGUUUAGUAAGGCAUAUGAGAACUCACACGGGUUAGUCAGUCAGUGAUGAGUGAGGAGCGGCAUCGGUAGCGGUAGUAAGAGAAGAUGUGAGGAAGAGUUUAAACAUGGCCUGCGAGCUGCACGUGGUAAUCUCAAGAACUGUAAUUUUUAAGCAUAAUAAAAUGAAAUAAUUAUAUAACUACCUACUUA